AUAGGUACACAUUCAUCAAAGUAAGCGACAGCGGAGAGUUAUAUUCGUAACUAUGAGCGAACACAAAAAAUUUGCUAAAAAAUCUGUUGGUGUCGAUAAAAAGGCUGGAAGAAUCCAAAAUUUACAUAUCAAGACUCCUCCGAAUAAGUUAACGAGGUCAAAUUCCAUAGGAGCUCUAGAAGAAUUAGUACAGUGCGGGAUAUGCCUAGAAAAGCUGAGAGACCCUCGGAUGCUUCCAUGCCAGCACACCUUUUGUCUGGUGUGCUUGCAAAAUCACCUAACCGUGAAAAACUUGAAAGUCAAUUCAAACUCGACAGUCAGCCUUUCUCCGAACAUAAAAUUCGUUCGGUGUCCUCUAUGUCAACAUGAAACAACAUUAGAGAAUGGUUUUAAGUCAUUGGACGCUCUACCGAAAAAUUUCUACAUAGAUUCGCUGCUGAAGUUAUUGCAAAAUGACGACUCUCCAAAAUCUCCGACAGCUUUCGAUUUUCGAUGUUCCAAAUGUCAAAUAGUUUCGGAAAAGGAAGAACAUGUUUGUCAGCAUUGCAUGAAAAUAUUUUGUUCGGUUUGCUGGAAUCAACAUAUUUCCGAAUUAGACACAAAUUUGUCUGUGUUAGUGAAAGAAAUAGAAGAGUCUGGAAUGAGACUGAAACACAAAGCGGAUAAUUUUGCAAGCCGUUGCGAUCAACUGGAGGAAACCAUCAAAGAAAUUGUUGAAGAAAAAAUCAGUAAAAUCAGAAAAAUGGAAGAGAGCGUACUGAACGAUGUAUCAGCAAUAAAAACACAAAGCGAUGUCCUCUAUGAAAAUAUAAAAACCCGAAUGGAUUUACUGAAGAACAAGAUUCAAUCGAACAUAAAUGAAACUUACGUCAGAAGCAAUAAAAUCAGCACCUACAUGAAUCUGCACAGAGAGACGGCUAAACUGUUCGAAGAAAUAUAUCACUACGGUGAAGCAAGAAUAGUAUUCGACUCAGAAAAUAUGAGAAUCGAUCAAGACCAAGAGGGAAUCUACAACGAUAUCGGAGAAAAUAAUUCAACAAAAAUAGAUAGUGUAGUGAACCCCUAUGAAAGCGUAAACUCUAUGAUCAAACAUUAUAAAACCCGAUCUUUCCAGCCAAAGUUGUUAUGGACUAAAUGCCCACGGCCAGGUGCAGUCGGUAUCGCUCCCUGGGACAGCACGAAGAUAUACGUGGCUGCCACAGAUAGCAAAAAUAUCCUCAUUCUUGAUAGGUCGAAGUUCAAACUCGUUGGUAGGAUAAACAACCCUGAAAUGAUUUGUCCAACUAAUAUAGCCUUCUCCUUGGAGCCUAGAGAAAUUUUCGUGAGCGAUAAGUGGAAGAAUUGUAUUCACGUAUUUUCCUCUAAUGGGGAGUAUUUGAGAACCUUCGAUCAGCUCAAAUUAAGAAGUCCGGAUGGUGUAGCCACAUUACCGAGCGGGGAGCUCAUCAUCUGCGAUACAGGAAACAACCAUUUGGUGGUUGUAGAUUCGAAAACAGGGCACUUUUUGAAAAUAAUUGGCAAAGGUAAUUUACAAAUGCCAACCAGUGUUGCGGUAUACAAACGGAAUAUUAUCGUAUCAGAUACUGGCAACCACAAAAUCAAAUUUUUCAAUAUGGACGGCCAACUCUUACAGGCAAUCGGUGGUUUGGGAAGAGGCAAUGGCCAGUUUCGAUCUGCGGAAGUUGUGACUGUUGAUUGUAUGGGAUUCAUUUUGGUUGGGGAUGCUGGAAAUGCAAGAAUACAAGUUUUUCAGCCUAACGGUGACUUGGUAAAGAUAUUCGGAAGCAACGAAGGGUUCGGCUGGAUUUCUGGGAUUUGCGUAUCUCCUGAACUGGACAUUAUUACGACAGACAGCAAGAAUAGGAAUUUGAGAAUAUUUUAAUCAGAUAAAAGAUGCGAAAUAUUUUCUGAAAAAUAGGAAUGUAGGCAUUCACGGCUGGCGUCAAUGAUUUGGUUGGUUUCCGGGUUUUGCCGUGGUCUUCCUUGGUUACUAUCUCCAAAACCCGGAAAAGAACUACAACAUUUUUUGAAAUGACUACUGAAUAUAGCUUAU